GAGAACUGCAGUGCAAAAACUUUUCUCGUGUAAAAAUUAUUUAAGUGUUGUAUUGAAAUGUAAAUCGUCGUCGUGUUAUUACAUUUAAUCAAUCGAGUUAGCCUACUAGCUCACGAAAAACGACGAACAGCGUUCCAGUGGGUUCGGUUUCCAAGCGACGUGUGUUGGGUCGAUGAGACGAGAGUUCCUUUACACCCGAUACGUGCGCGCCCGAGUUCUGUCAAUGGUUCGACACUGGCGGUGCUCACGAGGACAUCGCGGUGGUAAAUAGCCCGCGAAAUGUCCAACUUAUCGCGGCGCAAAGAGGUGAAACGGACCGGCGACAACGGCACCAGUGACAACAAUAAAAACGCCAAUAAGAACAAUAACGGUCAUCCGCAGGAGAGGAAGAAGAACAAGAAGGUGGACAAGGUGCAGUGCGACGGCCGGUUGAAAACCAUAAUAAACCGGGAGAACGAAUUGCGGGCCAGAUGGCCAGAGCGAUGGGGAUUUUAUUCGAAAAACAACGUAGAAACGCUUUGGAGUGAAGAAGCAGUAAAGUUGGGAUUACCAGAUAAUUUUAUCGAACUUAGAAGACAAAAAUUACGUAAACAAGACAGAAUUCAACCAUUGAUUGAUGCAGUACCUUCACCAGACAGUAUCCCUAUAACAUCAUCAGGAUUUGUAGGAUGGCGUUCAUCACAUAAAGUUUGUGAUUUAGAAUUGUUUGGAAAAUCUUUUCUCAAUAACAAAUUAGACACUCGAAUGUUGAAACCAGACAAUGAACCAGAUCAAAAACAUCAAAGAUUCAUAAUUCUAGGUUAAAUAACUUACAUCUUUGUAAAAAAUAAAAGUUAUAAUAAUAUGAGUAUAUUACACAUUAAAAAAAUUAAUUAUUUAGAAAUGUG